CUGCAGUGUCGGAAGCUUCUUACGUUUACAUCUGACGAUUGUGGGGAGUGAUCGACAGGUCCUAUGCUUCCUAUCCAUUGGUCGAGAAAAAAGUACAAUUACAAAACGAAAAAAGAAGACGGAAACCAAAGGAAUGUUGUCUAGUAAUAACCUUCAGAUGAGUUUAGCAAUUGCACUGUUCCACACAUAAUCUAGUCAAGCCAGCGAUAACCUACGCGACACAGCGAUAGAAACCAAGAUCAGGCACACCGUGAAUAAACAGUUUCAUCUGUAAGCUCGUACCGCUGCCGUAGGACUGCUCUUACAGACGUGAUGUGGCCGUUCUAUGGGUGGUGUCGAAGUAAGGCUCGUCUUGACGGGAAGACAGCCAUCAUUACAGGCUGUAACACUGGCAUCGGGAAAUUCACGGCCUUGGACUUCGUUCGACGCGGGGCCAGAGUCAUCAUGGCGUGCCGCGACACCAAGAAGGCCUCGGAGGCUGCUCAGGAGAUACGUAUGAUGACAGACGGACUUGAGGGCGCGGGAGAUGUGGUGGUUGUGCGAUUGGAUCUCUCGUCCUUAACCUCAGUGCGUGAGUUCGCAGCGAACAUUCUGUGCAAUGAACCACGUAUACACCUGCUGAUCAACAACGCUGGCGUGAUGUGUUGCCCAAAGGGGCUCACAGAAGAUGGAUACGAGAUGCAUCUCGGAGUGAAUCAUCUGGGACACUUCCUUCUGACGUGUCUGCUCCUUCCGAGAAUCCUGAGCAGCAAGCCCGCUCGCAUCGUCAACGUGGCCUCUCACGCCCACUACACUACUAAAGUCAGUCAGUGGGUAAAUUCGCAGGUCGGCCUUGUGUACGGUAACCUAGCUCUCUACUUUCCCACAGGGGCCAGAGUCAUCAUGGCGUGCCGCGACACCAAGAAGGCCUCGGAGGCUGCUCAGGAGAUACGUAUGAUGACAGACGGACUUGAGGGCGCGGGAGAUGUGGUGGUUGUGCGAUUGGAUCUCUCGUCCUUAACCUCAGUGCGUGAGUUCGCAGCGAACAUUCUGUGCAAUGAACCACGUAUACACCUGCUGAUCAACAACGCUGGCGUGAUGUGUUGCCCAAAGGGGCUCACAGAAGAUGGAUACGAGAUGCAUCUCGGAGUGAAUCAUCUGGGACACUUCCUUCUGACGUGUCUGCUCCUUCCGAGAAUCCUGAGCAGCAAGCCCGCUCGCAUCGUCAACGUGGCCUCUCACGCCCACUACAUCGGAACAAUCGACUUCGAAGAUCUGAACUGGGAGAAAUCCUACAGCCCAACUUUUGCGUACUCCAGGAGCAAACUGGCAAACGUUCUGUUCACCAAAGAAUUAGCCACCAGGACACAAGGGACCGGGGUGACGACCUACUCAGUGCACCCUGGAGUAGUAGCCACGGGGCUUGGCAGACAUUUGGACACGGCUUUCUUCAAGGGCAUUACAUGGCUGUUCGACAACAUAGGGAAGCUUUUUAUCAAAACGCCGGAACAGGGGGCGCAGACCACCAUCUACUGUGCAGUAGACGAGCGGACCAAGAACGAGACUGGUCUCUACUACAGUGAUUGCAGACGUUUCCCGACGUUGGCCAAGGCACGUGACAAAGAGGUGGCCAGGAAGUUGUGGGACGUGAGUAAGUGUCUCGUGGGCCUCGAAGACUGGGACCCCCUCACAGCACCGGACACCAACGGACAACCGACAGUCGGCAAUUAGGCAGGUUGGGGCAGUGCCCACUUAAAAUAUUAACUCAGACUAGGACGUAUACGAUAAUUCUAUUGCUCCUUGAAAGUUAUUUUAUGUGAUCAGAAUUUCGAUAAACUUUAGUAUCUGAAAAAAAAGUUACAAAUCCUUCUACGGAUCUUUUCACAGCAUAAACAGACAUAAACCUCGCCGAUGUUCUACUAACUUUUUCGCUCGUCCAGUUAAAAAAAAGUCAAAUGAGCUCCUUCGACUUGUUUACAGUGAAGAAGAAGAAGAAGAAGGAAAGAGUUUAUAAAAUCCUUGACAUUUAUUUUAAAUGUAAUAAUUACUGCAAUAUCUAAAAUUCAUUUAAUUAAAUGGAUGUUUGCCCUUCACACACAACAAACACAUUUAUUAGAUACAAAAUUAUGUCAGUAGUAUUUAAGAUACUAUGAAGCGACAUGUUUCGGCCUAUUAUAUGGCCGUCUUCAGGUUCCUCUCAAAGAUUAAAAGAUACGAAAUGUCUUUGUUGUGUGUGACGGAAAAAUGUUAUUCAUUUUCCUGCAUGACGCUAGAAUAUGAUAUUAAAUGCAGACCUAAAUUCUUUACGCGAGAAUGUGACCCACAAUUCCACCUAAUAUUAUUAACGAACGAUAAUUUCCUUCGUCUAUUUCAUUGUCUACCAUAGUAACAAAUUGCCAAUGCAAAUUAAACAUAACUAUUCGACAAAAAUAGUCAUUCAAUCACGGCGACAACCAAACAAAUUGAAAUAGAAAUACUUCACUCAAGCGCAGCGGCUAAACCUGACAACACAAGAGAAAGGCACACACAAAUAUUUAAACGGGACCCUCGUACAUCAACGUCCAUUCAACCAAUACAUCCAUGAAGAAUUCAGUCCAACUCACCGUUUCGCGUUGCUCCCAUUGUUGCUGGCACCAAGACGUGAAGUGAUGGAUCAGAUAAGACAUUGUUGCACUCACUAUACACAUGAACACUGUUACGUCCACUGUAGUCCACUUAUUUAAAACUUUCACUUCAAACACUAAAACAAGACGCUGUAAAUUCCUACAAGAUUAGGGGUUAAGUCACUUAAAUCCGCGAAAAGACACUUUUCAUUAAAAUAUACAGCGUUAUUUUUAAAUAUUUUACGACAGAUUCAAACGAAUUAGUGUUAACGCGGACAAACAUUCAUAACUUGAGUGGGAUUCGAACCCACGGUCCCACUGACCAAGCGGCCACUGUGACGGCUAAGAAGCUCACGAACUGGUACAAUAGCAUUUCCAACACAAAACAUGACCACAGUGGGACUGCUACCUGACGUCAGGCAACGUUCGUCUUUAUGAGUCAAAGCGGGGAGCAACUAGAAAAACAUUGCUAUUACAAAAUGUGUUUUAGUGAUCCAAUAUUUACUCAAGAAAAUAUUUUUGACUGGAUUACGAGUUCCAAAGUAUUUCCCUUGAGCUCAGCGUUCAAAAAGGCACAUCUCAAGUCACUGAAAUAAUUACUGUAUUGCAUAUUUGAGAACAGAAUUAACAUUUGUUAGUAAUUUCAUUAAACACAUAUUUUAAUUUUAUAAAAUAUUUACCACCAUUUCAAACAUCACGACAAAAACGAGAUUUUUUUUCCUUCAAAAUUUCUUUUGUAUGUCAGUGUUAAAAUGUAUUGGCUAUCCGGAUGACGAACAUGUCACAAUAAUGGUUUGAUUUCUGUAAGCCACUGAAAAUUAUAUUGCUUUACUAAUUUUUCCACUAAAAUAUUAAUAACGUUCGUUUAGUGAUACUUCUGUACAAACUGAAACUUUCUAAUAGUUAUUUUGAAAUGACCACUAACCUAAAGAUGACGUCAUUCAAAUUUCAUGGAAGGAAGUUGGUGGCCAUAUUCAAAACUAGCGCUAAUGGAGACUUUUGUAAACUAAGUAAUUUAUAGGCUUGUAAAGAAAUUUAAUUACUUCAUAAAAUAUAUCUAGUUUAUUGUAAA